AUGUGUGUUGUUGGUCAUUGUGAUAAUAUAGAUAAGCUAAAUAUUUGUCAACAACAGAAAGAAGAUAGUAUAAAUAUAAACAGAGAAGAAUUUGGUGUUGAAAAAAUAAAAAUUGGAGUUGAUAAUAUAUUAACAACUGU